GACGUGUCUUGUGCUUUCUUUUUGUUCACGUGUGCGGACACGCAGGGGACCCUCCCACUCCCCUGCGCGCAUAGCUGCUGUGGCGCUCGCGGGGAUCGAUCUUCAGCGCGCAGCCUCCCGGUUCUUCAGGAACCCGAACCAGCCGAACACAACAUGUCAUUAACCGGGAAAACCGCCGUGGUGACCGGAGCGGCGAUGGGCAUCGGGAGAGCCGUCACGGAGCUGCUGCUGCAGCACGGCGCCAAGGUGGCCCUCCUGGAUGUGAAUGAGACUGCGGGAAAGAGUUUGGUGGAAGUCCUGGACAAACUGUAUGGACGAGAGAGGACUUUGUUCCUAUGCUGUGAUGUGGAAUCAGAGGAGCAGAUCAAAGCUGCCUUCCUGAAGGCCGCAGAGGCCUUCGGGGGAAUCGACAUCCUGUUCAACAACGCCGGCAUCCUGAACGAGGACAUGUGGGAGAAGACCGUGUCCAUCAACCUGAUGGGAGUCAUCAGGGGGAGUUACACGGCGCUGGAGCACAUGAGCAAGUUGAGUGGAGGUCGCGGAGGGGUGAUCAUCAACACGUCAUCCUUGGCAGGCCUCGGCCCUCUGCCCAGCUGUCCGGUCUACACGGCCACGAAGCACGCCGUGGUCGGCUUCACUCGGGCCAUGGCGGCCGCGUCCACGGCGUCAGGUUACGGCGUGCGGUUCAACGCCCUCUGCCCGGGCUUCGUCCAAACGGACCUCUUCUCUGCGAUCAAGUCCAACCUGGGCCGGUUCUCCCACCUGGCGGCCGCCACGCAGCAGCAGGUCGAGCUUCUCGGAGUCGUGGGCCUGUCUGACAUAGCGGAGGCCGCUCUGGACAUGGUGAUGGAUGAGACGAAGAAUGGAGAGGUCUUCUUGGUUUCCCCGAAAAGAAAAGAAUACGUUAAUUUCCCCUCAUUCAUGCAGUAACUCUACAGGAUCACAGCAAUGUGAAGUUUCUUAGUUCUGUUUGAGUAAAGACCUCAUUUAGUCAGUAGUGUAAUUAAUGCUGAAUUAGGAUGUGUUCAAACGUGCCCGAGUGUGUCAGAUUGAAAGAUAUCCAGAAUGUAUUUGCACGUAACGACCACUAGGUGUCGCUGUUUAUCCUUCAUAAAAGGGUCAUUUGUCCCAAAUAACCUCAACACUCUUUUCUUUCCGCUUUUGUUUGUUUGUCUCAAAGUCACACGUCAUUCUGCACGUGAUAUCAUGCAAUUGUAGUUUGGAAUAAAUACAUUUAUUGAUAAUGA